CUUCUCCCACCAACAAGGCUGCUCCUUCGACCACCUCGCCCAAAGCGGCUACCCCGAUCAUGAUCGCAGCUGCUAAGGCUCAACAAGCUGCUGCUCAAAAGGCCUCUGUGACUCCAAAGCCGGCUGUUGCCAAGACUGAUGUCAAGCCGGCUGCUCAGAAAGCGGUCCACUCUGCACGCCCGUCGUCUGCUUCAGCAAAGCCUCAGCAGCAACUCGCCGUCAAGCCCGCCUCAAAUGCCUCUUCCGCCAGAGCAUCUGCCUCGUCGUCGGCCAACCACUCGCGUUCCCAGACUCCUUCCUCUCCCACCAAGUCUGUGACCAAGGCGCCUGCUCCGGCCACUUCCUUGAAUGUUCCGAAGGCUGCCACGCCUGCGAUGAUUGCCGCCGCCAAGGUCCAACAGGCUUCCAAGACCCAACAAGCUUCUCCUUCCCAGGCAUCCAACAAGCUUGCUGCUCCCAAGCAGGCUUCGAAGGCCUCGUCCCCUUCGAGCUCGGCUCCCCACUCUCGCUCGCAGACGCCGUCGUCCCCGUCGAAGGCGACUCCCGCCCAGCGUCCUGUUUCGCCCACUAACAAGGCUGCCCAGGCCCCUGCGAAGGCUGCUGCUCCGGUGAAGGCUGCUGCUCCAGUGAAGGCAACCACCCCUGCCAAGGCUGCUUCUCCCGCCAAGGCUGCCCCCGUCCAGCGUCCGGCUUCUCCCACCAACAAGGCUGCUGCUCCCACCAGCAAGGCUGCACCUUCAGCACAAUCCUUGGCCCCCAAGCAGCAGACCAGCAAGCCUGCCUCGGCUAGUUCUUCCGCCACCCAUUCUCGGGCGCAAACUCCCCAGCCCAAGGCUAGCAAGGCCACUUCCAAUGCAUCCUCGGCUACCCAUUCGCGAGCUCAAACCCCAAGCCUUCCCGCCAAGGCCAACGACAGCGCUGCCAAGUCGCCCAAGCCCAGCACCAAGCCCAGUGGCCUGGUUGAGCGCAUCGACCCCAAGCAAAUGGCUGCCGUUGCGGCCAAGAUGGAGGCAGAGAAGCAGCUGGCUCGCGCCCAGAGACGAGCCGAGAAGGAGCUGGCUGCGGAGAAUACUCGCCAUAUGCUGCAAGAGGCUCAUUUGCUUGAGGAAAACGAUGGCUCCAAGUUCGGCGACCGCUCUGGUCGUGCCAGGGACGAUCGUCUGGCUCAAAAGUCUCAAAACGAGCGCAAGGCGGCGCAGAAACGAGCCAUCUCCGGAAGCAAGUAGGCCCUGCCAACACGGUUACGCUUCUAUCAUAUAUAACGAUUGCGUUCUUGAACCGAAUACGAUGAAGGGCUGGAAGAUGAUUGACAUGGGUGUAUUGAAUGAACGCUUGCCACAGUAUUUUCCGAUGGAAUGAAG